AUGGCAGUGGUCUCUGCAAUGUCCUGGGUCCUGUAUUUGUGGAUAAGUGCCUGUGCAAUGCUGCUCUGUCAGGGGUCCCUCCAUCACACUUUCCAGCAGCAUCACCUGCACAGACCAGAAGGAGGAACAUGUGAAGUUAUAGCAGCACACAGAUGCUGUAAUAAGAAUCGAAUUGAGGAAAGAUCACAAACAGUAAAAUGCUCCUGUCUACCUGGGAAAGUGGCUGGGACUACAAGAAACAGACCUUCCUGUGUUGAUGCUUCAAUAGUGAUUGGGAAAUGGUGGUGUGAGAUGGAGCCCUGCCUAGAAGGAGAGGAAUGUAAGACAUUGCCUGAUAAUUCUGGAUGGAUGUGUGCGACUGGCAAUAAAAUCAAGACCACCAGAAUCCACCCGAGGACCUAACAGAGCGCCG